AUGGAAAUGGAAAUGGAUAUGGAUCUGGAUCUGGGAAGGGACUUGGACUUGGACUUGGAAUUGGAAAUGAAUAUGAAUAUAGAUCUGGAAAAGAUGUUUGAGUUGUCGAUAUCAACGUCGCCAUCUAAUUCGCCUUCUUCUUUUUCUUCGCAACAAUUCAUGUCGCACUAUCCAACGGUCGCGGCACCAACGCUCCCUUUCCGCACCCCUACCGUCACCCAAAGGGUUUCAUCAAGCAAUCAAGCUUCUCUCACCACAUCGUCGUCAUCAUUGGCAUCGUCGCCUCCUUCUUUUUCCAAAACUUCCAAAACUUCCAAAAUCUACAAAACUUACAAACCUCGUAAUCUUCAUACUUUCUUUUCUUCAACUAAUUAUAUAAUACUAUUGACGAUCUUUUCCUCCUUCCUCAUCACCACAUGUUCGGCCGAAUUUUAUAUUGAAGAACGAAUGGUUGAAGUUCGAGAAGAGAUUCCCCAACUAUUUGCAUCCACACUCGCACGUCUAGCUAGAUCUGGCACUAUUUUGGUUGAUCAACGACAUCCCUCGCUCCCACGCGAUUCGCUUCCGGAACUUAAGACGUGGGAAAUUACCUCGAGCAGCUCUAGUGACGAAGGAGAACUACAAGGCGAAGGAGAAAAAGCAAUCAAUAUUCCCCUUCAACCUCAAUUGUCAAAUCUAGAUCUCGACGCCGACCUCGAUUCCCAUCUGAAGAAAAAGAGAAACGUAGCGACGAUAACUUCCACAGCAACAAUCACACCUCCCAGAAGUACAAGUACCGCAACCGAUUCCUCUUCAUCGUCGUCAACACUGGCGGAAUCGCAAACGAGUAGCGGACUGGUGUCUGCUGCUACGGGAACAACGGCCAAAUUACCCACGCCGUUCGAUAGUGGGUUUACGAGUAAUAUUACUUCAACAUGUUCGAGUUUUAUGAUGGACUUUUUGGCAAAUGAGACUUUUAAAGCUUGUUUGCCCUUUUCAUUGUUAUUGCAGAACUCCAACUCCUUCUUCCAAGCCUCCAAAUCUCUCGUCCGCAUCACCCAAACCCUCGACGCCUCCUGCUCCGCCAACGCUCAAUCAUGCUCAACCCUAAUGUCCUCCAUCGCCUCCAACAUCACCUCCACCACCGCCUGCUCGGUCGAUCUCCUCGCCGCCAACCCUCUCGUCACACAAGCUCGUCUAGGUCUCCUCGCCUACUCCACCCUCUACACCGCAUCCUGUCUCAAAGAUCCCUCCAACGGCGCAUACUGCUACGCGCAAGCCGUCACAAAUUCGUCCUCCCCAACAGAUAGCUACGUAUACUAUCUCCCUCUGAACACGAGUCUCCCCGGCGGCUCCCAACCCACCUGCAACCAGUGUCUGAAAAACACAAUGGCGGUUUUCGAAUCUGCGGGCGCGGUCAGAUCGAGUGCGAUUGCGGGUACGUAUACCCAAGCCGCGGGAAUGGUAAAUGUGCAAUGCGGACCGGGAUUUGUGAAUGCGACUUUGCCUGCUGCGGCGGUGGUGACGGGAGGCGCAGGAUCACGAAUGGAUGGGUUGGGUGGAAUGGGUUUGAGUGGUUUGCUGGUACUCUGGAUUGCGGUCUUUAGAUGGUUAAUAUGA